GUGGUGCAGAAACCAGCACUGGUCCUGGCCUCCCCGUCGCUUGUGUCAUUGGCAUGAGCUCAGUCUCCUGGACUCGAGCAAGGGCACAAGACAAGCACCCGUCCCUGUGGAGCUGCUGAGCUCGCCCGUCCACAUCCCCUAAAGGGAACUAAGCAGAAUCCAUGUACGUGGACACUUGGGUCCUUUAGGCUCUUAAAGUGCCUGCUGUGUUUAAAAAGAAAAGGAGAAGAAAACCUUAGAUCUGUUCUAGUCCAAUUCUGUUAAGUGUGGUGCAAAGGGCACCACAAUAAGAGCUACUUACUGACCAGGCCCAGGCAAGUGAGAGUGGUGCCCUCACUUCAUUGUGUGCAGCAGACCUUUACACAGCAGUUAGUUAUCUAUGGUAGAUCCUGAAGAUGCCGAGGCUGUGAGAAGUUAUUUCUCCUUGCUCUGCAUCGUCACAGACUGCACCAGGCUGCUACUCCUUGGAGAAUAACUGUCUCUGUAAAUCAUGUUGGAAAACAAUCUGGGAAAAGGAUGACCAAGAACUUGUCAAUACAGGGCCUAGAGAGCAACGAGUCUAGGGUGCAUAAGCAAUGGAGGAUAUUGCCAAAACUGUGUCCUUACAUCAGUGUCCUCUGGAAAAUGCAGGACUUGUCACCCCAUCUCCUGGAAGGUGACAGGGCAGAACUAGGGGGAUUCAAAGAAUAACAGUGAGAAUGAACAAGGGCCUGAAAAACUGAAGAAAUAUUGACAGACUGGGAUUGUCACUGUCAAGAGAAAGCUAAUGCUGGGGAGAUGCCAAGUACAUGGAUAACGAAUGGCGUAGCAAAGGGGGGACGGAAGGUUCUGUCCCCCUUGUCCCACAACACAAAGGCAAGGGGGUAUUCCACAACAUUAAAAGGAAGGGAAUUCAAAACUGAUAGAAAUACUGUUUCAUGUGAGGCAUAUAUAAAUUGCAGCAGGAAGGUGUUCUGGCCAAAAACUUUACAAAAUCUGGUCGAAAAAAGAUGGGUUGUAGUUGGGCUAUUGAGAGUAUCUAGUGUUGCUAAUGGCAUGUUUGAGAACAGGUGGAAACCUUGUGUCUAGGGCUGAGUCGAUCCCUGACUCUUAGGCAGCUGUGUGAGAUUGAUGAUCCCAGGUUUGCCAGCUAUAGGAUCCUUGCACCUUCCUGCAGAGCUACACUCAGAGACAGGCUGUGGGAGUAGGUGGAAUUUGGGUCUGUGCCACUGUGGUAAUUUCUGUAUUCGUAAGAGCUAAAAUAUUUAUUCUGAGAUGGGAAAUGUGUUGUGCUCAGCUGCUCAUAUCUGCAUUAGGUUUUAGUAAGUCAGGUUUUAUUUUUGAGCAUUGUUUUUUCCUAGCAAGGCUUCUGUUCAUAGACAUGGGUGCAAGUCUGCUGGUACUCUAAUGACUUGACUGUGAUUGGGUUUUUGGUGUAGACAGGUUAUCCCCAGAAGCAGACAGAGUUCCUUCAGCACCAGUCUAAUUUGAUUCUUAUGAAGAAAUUUUCUUUAAAACAAGUAAAUGUUUCAUUUUAUUUUUCUAAUAAAUGUUUCUCAUGUAACUUAAAAACCUGUAGUGCAUUAGAAAAGCCUCUUUAUCAAACACCAAAAUAUCAUUGCUGGUUUUCAUAACAUCUCCUGGCAUGGGAAAAGUUUGUUUGUGUGGACUCUUAAUCUUAGCAAAACCCUCUGAGCAGGGCAGGUAACUCUUAAUGUCCAUUCCUAGUGCUGACAUGUGGUCCUGCCUGACUCCACUACCUUCAAAAUGUGUAAUACUAGAUAGAAAAAUGUGGGGAAUUAUGUCUGAAAUGUCUCUUGUCAUUUGCUGUUUUGCGGGGAAGAAAAGUGUGGUUAAGAAUGCCAUCUUUUAGCUCUGCAACCUAAAAGCUUUGGGGAGUUCAUGUGUUCCCCAAACUCAAUAUCCAGUUUGGUGAAUAAAUUCCACUUUAUUUUCCAAUGUGCAUAUUCUCCUCAUCACUAUUCAUGGCACCUGCUUCCUGCCUUCCAUGCAAUGAGGUUGACAAAGUUCUCCCACCCAGGGGAUGUUCUCAAUGACAGUCAUGCUGAAGUUGUGGCCAAGAGGAGCUUCCAGAGGUAUCUCCUCCACCAGCUGGGGCUGGCAGCCUCAUACCAGCGGUGUAGCAUCUUCAGCCCAGGGAUGGAGACUGGGAAGUGGAAACUCAAGCCACACAUCACUUUCAUUUUCUUCUCUAGCCACACUCCUUGUGGGGAUGCCUCCAUUAUUCCCAUGAGUGAAUCAGAGGACCAGCCUUGCAAGCCGGUUGGUUUAGAAGAUGUGAUGAGACAGUCAGCAGAGUGUGGUAUGAACUGUGACCCCUUGGGUCCAGAAAACAAAAGGAAAACAGAGGAAACUGAAAGUGAGCAACUAAGCAAAAGAGUGAAAGUUGUCAGCAACAAUUGUUCGUGGGGGGUCACUGAGGGGCCAGCUACUUCACAGGUUUCUGGGAAACAAGGGAGUUUACAACACGCAGACCCCAGCGCUGCUGCGUCCACUGAAGGUGGACAAACAGUGAGUGCAGUAGCUGCCCAGGAGGCUGGCCAGACGAGAGCCAAGGUGGUGGAUGUUUACAGAACUGGAGCUAAGUGUGUGCCAGGAGAGCUGGGUGAUGCUCUGGGGCCUGGGGUUGAGUACCAUCACGUGGGAUUGCUAAGAGUAAAGCCGGGCCGUGGGGACAGGACGUGUUCCAUGUCCUGCAGUGACAAGCUGGCUCGUUGGAACGUGCUGGGAUGUCAAGGAGCCCUUCUUAUGCAUUUGCUGAAGCAGCCAGUGUAUUUCUCAGCGAUUGUUGUGGGGAAGUGUCCAUACAGCCAAGAGGCCAUGCAAAGAGCAGUUGUUGAAAGGUGUCAGCACGUCUCACAUUUACCAGAGGGUUUCCAGGUACAGGAGGUGAAAAUGUUGCCAUCAGAUCUUCAGUUUGAACAUAGCCAUGGGGCAGUCCAGGCACUUCAUGAAAGCAGCAAAGCAAAACUGGUUCCUUGUGGUGCAGCUAUCGGUUGGAGUGCAGUCCCUGAGCAGCCUCUGGAUGUGACCGCCAAUGGCUUCAGGCAGGGAACAACGAAGAAGGGGAUUGGCAGUCCCCAGAGCAGGUCCCGCAUCUGCAAGGUGGAAAUUUUCCAUGCGUUCAAAAAACUAGUGGCAAGCAUUUCACAGGAGAAUCUGCCCAAAUCUCUCAGGAUGAAGAAAUUGGAGACCUACCAAGACUACAAGGAAGCGGCUGCGAAUUACCAGGAGGCCUGGCAAGUGCUGCGUAGCCAGGCCCUGGGGGCUUGGAUCCAGAAUGCAAAGGAUUACCUGCAGUUCACAUGAGAAGAGGGGGGUGGGGAAACCCAGCACUGGAGCCCUGAGACACAGACUGGGAGGCCCAUUCAGUCCAUGGGCUCAGUCUUGGCUUUUAGGAGAAUGCCUCAGCCAAUCUCUGUGCUCUUCAGGAAUGUGAAGGGGAAGGAGGUGAUGGGUGGCCUGGAAAAAUGGAAGCUUGUUUGCUUGGGUGAGGCUGUUUUUACACGAUGUUCUUCACUGCAAUAUAAAUGAGGCCUGCAUAGAUUUGAAUGUGCCAAUUCCGAGCUCAAUGUGCCCAAUUAACCCUGGCCUAUCUGCUCUGAAAUUAAAGGAGAUGCGAGUCAGCCAG